CUUCCUUGGUAGAAUCAACGUGAUCGUGGUAUUAACUAUAAAGUAUAUAGGUAGUAGUAUGAUGUAUUUGCAAUCUUUAAGUAUAUCAGUACAUGAGAGUUUUCUAUUAUGAAAGCUUUUCAUUGUUACCUGAAGUAUAAAAAAACACAAUUUCUUUUUUAAUACAUUAUAUUAGAAAGAAACAUUUAGUAUGAGUCUUUAGCUCAAUAUAUUACAUGUUUAUCUAUAUUAUUUGUCUAUAAUUGUAUUACGUAUUUAUAAAAUACUUAAAAAUAUUUGUGCGUUAAAUCUAUCAUAACAAAUUAAAAAAAUAAUGGAGAUGGAUUAUGAUGAGGAUCGUGGAGCUUGGACAGAAGAAAUGACAAGAAGUGAAGAAUGCAUAGGAGAAGAUAGUUUUGAUAAUCCUCAAGAGAUAUUAAAUGAAUGCUUGGAUAAAUUUAAAACACCAGAUUACAUUAUGGAGCCUGGUAUCUUUGCACAACUUAAAAGAUAUUUUCAAGCUGGUGGAAACCCAGAACAAGUGAUAGAGUUGUUAUCUAAAAACUAUACAGCUUGUGCUCAAAUGGCAAAUCUUCUUGCAGAAUGGCUUAUUCUCGCUGGAGUUAAAGUUACAGAUGUACAAGCAAUGGUAGAAAACAACUUAAAAGAUAUGAUAUUGAAAACAUUUGAUCCCAAAAAAGCAGAUAAAAUCUUCACAGAGGAGGGUGAAACUCCUGCUUGGUUAACGGAAAUGAUACAACAUCCUACUUGGCGGUCACUUAUUUACAGACUUGCAGAAGAAUAUCCUGAUUGCUUGAUGUUAAACUUCACUAUAAAGCUUAUAUCUGAUGCUGGAUUUCAAGGUGAAAUUACAAGCAUUUCAACAGCUGCACAACAAAUUGAAGUAUUUUCACGAGUUUUAAAAACUGCAAUUGCUGGAUUUUUGCAAAAUACAGAAGAUUGGCAGUCAAGUAUACAAGAAUGUGCAAAAAUGGUAUGUCAUGGACAACACACUUACGUCUACAGUCAAGUAUUGUUGCAAAUUCUUGCACAAGAAUCACGUGGUGGAUUUAUGAUGAAAAGGCUUUCUCAGGAAAUCACUAAAUGCGCUCAACAGAACCAUCAUGAUGUUACUCCAAUAACAAUGGCACUUAAUGGAGCUUCAAGUAGCCCUAGUGCAUGUCAAGCACUUGCAUCCAUGUUAUCACGGAAUACCUUAAAUCCUGCUGAUAUUACCGUAUUAUUUCGAAAUUAUUCGACUGCGGAACCACCUCCUAUAGAAUUACUUCGUAAUCCACAAUUCUUAGAACUAUUAGUUGAUGCACUUUUUAAACCGGGUGUAAAAAUUAAUCCGGAGCAUAAGUCUAAAUACAUAUAUUUAUUAGCUUAUGCAGCUAGUGUAUGUGAUAUUCCAGCCAAGAAGACGCAUUCACGGAAAUUAAAUAAGGAUGAAUUAAAAACAACUAUUCAAGCUAUAGAAAAAGUCCAUAACAUUUGUAACAUUAAUAAAGGAUCUACUGAAUUGAUAGCAGAAUUACAAACUUUAUAUCAGUGCAUAAGAUUUCCUGUUGUAAGUGUAGGUAUAAUUAGAUGGGUGGAGUGUACUGUAACUGAACCAUCAUAUUUUAAAUUGUGCACAGAACAUUGUCCUGUACAUCUUGCAUUACUUGAUGAAGUUGUAGUUUGCCAUUCUUUACUGCAUCCAAAAGUGUUACAACUUCUUGUACAGUUAUUUGAAAGUAAACAAGACGAACUGGAAAUACUUGUGCAGUUGGAAAUGAAAAAAAUGUUAAUUGAUAGAAUGGUGAACUUAUUAAGUAGAGGUUGCGUGGUACCAGUAGUGUGUUACAUCAAACAGUGUUGGCAACGUGGAGACACAGAUGUAUCGUUAAUUAGAUAUUUUGUUACAGAGGUUUUAGAAGCAAUAGCUCCACCAUAUACAGCUGAAUUUAUUCAUUUAUUUCUUCCUAUGGUUGAAGAUGAAGAAAUUACAGGUACAAUGCGUGGUGAUAGCGACAAUGAUCUUGUUUCAGAAUUUAUAGUACACUGUAAAGCACAUUGCCCGACUAUAAGAUGAUCUAUCGCAAGGAAGGUGGAUUAAAUGAAAGAAGCUCAUAAUAUUAUUAGAUAUUUUUACUUCAUAUAAGAAUGUUGAAUUGCUAUAUAUAAAUUCUUUCUAUACUAUUUUAUUAGAUCCUUUUCUGAUUUCAUAUACAAUAUCCAAGGAUAUGUAUAUAUAUAUUUGAAGAGUUGGAUGAGUUUUUCCUCGAUCUGUGAUAUCAUAAUUUAUGGAUUUUCUGCAACAAAAAUAACAAAAUGUAAUUUUUGUAACUUACCAAAUUUUUUAAAUAAAUGAAUAAAAUUAAACAAG